AUGGCGGGAGCCUUGGCCAUGGGCUGGGCCCGCGGGCUGGCGCUGCUGCUGCUGCUGGUGCCGGCGGCCACGCCGGGCGCCCCGGGCCUGCGGCACAGCUACGACUGCGGGGUGGAGGGCAUGCAGCUGCUGGUGCUGCCCCCGGAGGGCCGCACCGUCCGGUUCAAGGUGAUGGACGAAUUUGGGAACCAAUUUGAGGUGAACAACUGCUCCAGCUGCUACCACUGGGUUACGGCCAAGCCCCAGGGGCAAGCCGUCUUCUCUGCGGAUUACAAAGGCUGCCACGUGCUGGCGAAGGCCGGGCGCUCCCACCUGAGCGUGUUCAUCGAGGCUCUGCUGCCCGACGGCCGUGUGGACGCAGCUCGGAACCUCACCCUGGUCUGUCCCAAACCCGCCCACCGCCCGACAACGCCGGACCGGCUGGUCCCAUCCACCAGCUCCUCACUCUCCACCCGGACGCCGCCGGACCGGCUGGUCCCAUCCACCAGCUCCUCACUCUCCACCCGGACGCCACCGGACCGGCUGGUCCCAUCCACCAGCUCCUCACUCUCCACCCCGCACACUCCCACACUCCGACCCACCGCAGAGCCCAGCGUCGACCCCCCGGCCCCGGCCUCCUCCCCGGCCCCGGCCUCCUCCCCGGCCCCGGCCUCCUCCCCGACCCCGGCCUCCUCCCCGACCCCGGCCUCCUCCUCGGCCUUUGGGCCAGGCCCUACCCACCCCACGUGGGCUGGCACCCAGGGGGGCACCAUGGAGACCUGGGGAGCUGAUGAGCAGGAGGACACCGGCACCCUUCCGAGCCCGGAGCAGUGCCGGGGGGACUCGGGCCGCAUCCCCUGCGUGGCGAGAGGAAGCUCAAAGGAAGCCUGUCAGCAGGCUGGCUGCUGCUAUGACAACGCCAGGGAGGUUCCCUGUUACUAUGGCAACACAGCGACAGUGCAGUGCUUCAGGGACGGCCACUUCGUCCUGGCGGUGUCCCGGGAGGCGGCCCUGGCGCACAGGGUCACGCUGGCCAGCAUCCACCUGGCCUACGCCCCCCGCUGCAAACCCGCCCGGGAGACGGCGUCCUUCGUGGUCUUCCGCUUCCCAUUCACCCACUGCGGCACCACCGUCCAGGUGGUUGGCAACCAGCUCAUCUAUGAGAACCAGCUGGAGUCGGAGAUCGAUGUCCAAGUAGGACCACAGGGUGCCAUCACCCGGGAUGGCAGCUUCCGGCUGCAGGCUCGCUGCGUCUUCAAUGGCAGCGACUUCCUGCCCCUCCAGGCGGCUGUCUUCCCGCUCGCGGCGCCCGCCUCCGUGGCCCAGCCUGGCCCCCUGCGGCUCCAGCUGCGGAUCGCCAAGGACGAGACUUUCGGCUCCUACUACGAGGAAGGGGACUACCCGCUGGUGCGGCUGCUCCUGGAGCCCGUGCCCGUGGAGGUCCGGCUGCUGCAGAGGGCGGACCCCCGCCUGGCGCUGGUGCUGCACCGCUGCUGGGCCGCCCCCGGCGCCAGCCCCUUCCAGCAGCCGCAGUGGCCCCUCCUGUCCGACGGGUGUCCGUUCGAGGGCGACAGCUAUAGGACCCGCCUGGUGGCCCUGGACGGGGCUGCGCUGCCGUUCCGGGCACAUUACCAGCGCUUCACCGUGGCCACCUUCGCCUUCCUGAACGCCAGCUCCGGCAGCGCCCUCAGGGGACCGGUCUACUUCUUCUGCAGCGCCUCCGCCUGCGCCCCGACGGGGCUGGAGCCCUGCUCCCCGCCCUGCGACUCCGGGACUGCCCGACGGCGCCGGGCGGCCAGGGGCCUCGGGGACCCCGUCGCGUCGCAGGACGUGGUCAGCUCUCCGGGGCCCGUGGGCUUUGUGGAUUCCUCCAGGCAGGAGCCCGCGCCGGGGUCCGCAGGCGCCGCCGGGAACUCGGACCCGAGACUUCUCCUGGGGGUGGCCCUGCUGGUGGCGGCUACGGCCCUGGUCCUGGGGGUCGGGGUCUUCGUGGGCCUGAGCCGAGCCCCCGCCCCGGGCAGCAGGGGCUGA